UCUUGCAUUUGUAAACAAAUAUUAGUCGGUUCUUAAUUGUUUUCAACCAAUUUUAAUUAAAAACAGCCAAGAUGGGUAAACGACAGCAUCAAAAGGACAAAAUGUACCUCACGUACACCGAGUGGAGUGAGUUCUACGGCGGGAAAAAGACGGAAUCUGCGGAGAACAACCAUGUCAAGUUCAAGCGGCUUCCCUUCGAGCACUGCUGCAUCACCAUGGCGCCCUUCGAGAUGCCCUACUGCGACCUGCAGGGCAAUGUGUUCGAGUACGAGGCCAUCCUGAAGUUCCUCAAGACCUUCAAGGUGAAUCCCAUCAACGGGCAGAAGAUGGACUCCAAGUCCCUGAUCAAGCUGACCUUCCACCGCAACGCCAAUGAUGAGUACCACUGCCCGGCGUUGUUCAAGCCCUUCAGCAAGAACUCGCACAUCGUGGCGGUGGCCACCACGGGAAAUGUCUACUGCUGGGAGGCCAUCGACCAGCUGAACAUCAAGACGAAGAACUGGAAGGAUCUGGUGGACGACACGCCCUUUCAGCGCAAGGACAUCAUAACCAUACAGGAUCCCCAGAAGCUGGAGAAGUACGACAUCUCCACCUUCCAUCACAUCAAGAAGAACCUGCGUGUGCUGAGCGAAGAGGAGCAGCUGGAGAGGAAGAAUCCAGCCAGCGGGCGCAUUAAGACCAUGAAUCUGGAGACCAAGGAGACGCUGGCACAGCUCCAGCAGGACUACCAGCCGGCGGAGGAGGAGCCCUCGACUUCCAAGCGCACAGCCGACAAGUUCAAUGCGGCCCAUUACUCAACUGGAGCGGUGGCCGCCAGUUUCACAUCCACCGCCAUGGUGCCCGUGUCCCAAGUGGAGGCGGCCAUUAUAGACGACGAUCUGGUGAAGUACGAGCGGGUUAAGAAGAAGGGCUACGUUCGCUUGAAUACCAACUUUGGCCCUCUUAACCUGGAACUCUUUUGCGAUCAAACUCCCCGAGCCUGCGACAAUUUUAUUAAGCACUGUGCCACUGGCUACUACAAUAAUGUUAUGUUUCACCGAUCCAUAAGGAAUUUUAUAGUGCAAGGUGGUGAUCCCACAGGCAGUGGUUCCGGCGGCGAAUCCAUUUGGGGCAAGAAGUUCGAGGACGAGUUUAAGCCCAAUCUUACGCACACGGGAAGAGGUGUGCUUUCCAUGGCCAAUUCGGGUCCCAAUACCAAUGGUUCCCAGUUCUUUAUAACCUACCGCUCCUGCAAACAUCUCGAUGGCAAGCACACAAUCUUCGGUAAGCUUGUCGGCGGCUUGGACACACUGCAGAAAAUGGAGAACAUCGAGGUGGACAACAAGGACAGACCAAUUGAGGAUAUUAUCAUUGAGACCUCACAGGUCUUUGUGAAUCCCUUCGCCGAGGCUACUGAGCAGCUGGCCAAGGAGCGGGAGGAGGAGGCGGCCAGCAAGGAGGAGACGGUGAAGAAGGAGGAGCAGCAAAAGCGCAUGAAGGAACCGCUGAAGGUGUACAGGGAAGGCGUGGGAAAGUACCUGAAGCUUCAGGCGGUGGCAAAGAAGCCGGAGGCGUCGCUACCCACCGCGCAGGCAGCCAAGAAAAAGAAACUGGCUAAUGGUUUUGGAAACUUUUCCAGUUGGUAGCCGUAGCCCAUUCGAAAAUAAACGUUUAAGAGAUUGUAUGUUUGUAUAAAACUGAUCAUAUUUGACUA